AUGGGUAAGACACAGAAGAAGAAUAGUAAAGGUCGUUUAGAUAAGUAUUAUUUUCUUGCAAAAGAGAAGGGGUACCGUGCACGUUCUUCUUUCAAGAUUAUUCAAAUAAAUGAAAAAUUUGGUCAUUUCUUAGAAAAAUCCAAGGUGGUCAUCGAUUUAUGUGCUGCUCCAGGUUCCUGGUGUCAAGUAGCAUCUAAAUUAUGUCCUGUGAAUUCGUUAAUUAUUGGUGUUGAUAUUGUUCCAAUGAAACCAAUGCCAAAUGUCAUCACUUUCCAAAGUGACAUUACAACUGAAGAUUGUAGAUCUAAAUUAAGAGGUUAUAUGAAAACAUGGAAGGCAGAUACUGUUCUACAUGACGGUGCACCUAACGUUGGGUUAGGUUGGGUACAAGAUGCGUUCACCCAAUCUCAGUUGACUUUGCAAGCAUUAAAACUUGCAGUUGAAAAUUUGGUCGUUAAUGGUACCUUCAUCACAAAGAUUUUCCGUUCCAAAGAUUAUAACAAACUGAUUUGGGUUUUCCAACAAUUAUUUGAAAGAGUUGAAGCUACUAAGCCUCCAGCAUCAAGAAAUGUUUCUGCAGAAAUUUUUGUUGUUUGUAAAGGUUUCAAAGCUCCAAAGAAGCUAGAUCCUAGAUUAUUGGAUCCAAAAGAAGUCUUUGAAGAAUUACCAGAUGGCCCUCAGAAUAUGGAAUCCAAGAUCUAUAACCCGGAGAAAAAAGUGAGAAAGAGAGGUGGUUAUGAUGAAGGUGACAAUUUAUUAUACCAUGAAACUCCAAUAAUGGAAUUUAUAAAAACUGAAGAUCCAAUUACGAUGCUUGGUAGUAUGAAUAAAUUCACAAUGGAUAAAGAUGAUCAUGAAUGGAAAAUUAUCAAAAAAUUAAGACAAACAAAUGAUGAACUGUUAUCAUGUGUGGAAGAUUUGAAGGUCUUAGGUAAAAAAGAUUUCAAGAUGCUUUUGAGGUGGAGAAAGAACGCAAGAGAUUUAUUAGGAUUGGAUAAAGAAGAAGAAAAACCAGAAAUUAAAGUUACCCCUCUAACUGAGGAAGAACAAAUUGAAAAGGAACUUCAAAGUUUACAAGACAAACAACGUUCUUUGAAGAAACGUGAAAAGAGAAGGAAAAAUGAAAUGAAACAAAAAGAAAUCACUAGAAUGCAAUUAAACAUGUUGACACCAACAGAUAUUGGUAUAGAAGCAGCAAGUUUAGGAAAAGAAUCUCUUUUCAAUUUAAAGACUGCUGAGAAUACAGGUAUCCUUAAUGACCUAGCCAGAGGUAAGAAGAGAAUGAUCUUUAGUGAAGAAGAACUAGCCAAGGACAACGAUAUCCAUAUAGAUGAAGCUGAAUUAAUCAGGGAUCGUAAUUCUAGAGAAGAUGUUGAUGAUCUUGAAGCCCAAUUGAAUGCUAUGUACAGUGAUUAUAAGUCGAGAAAAUCUGAAAGAGAUGCAAAGUUCAAAGCCAAACAGGCUAGAGGUGGCGACGGUGAUGAAGAAUGGACUGGUUUUACAGAUAACAAGAAAGAGGAUGAGGAAGAAGAUGCUCAAUCUAGUGACUACAUAAAUGACGAUGAUACCGAUUCCGAUUUAUCUGAAUCUGACGAUGAUGAAGCUAUCAAUAACUUAAUAAGCAAAUUGAAGGGUUCUAGCGGCGAUCAUAAGUUAAGUAGCAGAGCGAGAAUGCUAUUCAACGAUCCAAUCUUCGAGAACGUGAAGGCCGACUUAAAGUCAACGGCUACUGCUGAGCCUGUCUCAUCAGAAUCUGUGGGUGACAUUUCAAAAAUUACAAGAAAGAGAACACAUAAGGCAGCUGAAGACGAAGAAAUUAUCUCUUCAGCUGAAUCCAGUACUGAUGACUCAGAGUCUGAUUUUGAAAUUGUUCCAAAUGAAAAUGGUACCCAAGAUGACUUUGAUUCAGAUUACGAUUCAGAGGAGGAAAGAAAACAAACCAGUAAGGAAAAGCAUGCUAAAGAACUUGAUAUUGCAACAGUAGAAGCAAUGACAUUGGCCCAUAAAUUAGCUCUUGGUAAGGCAACGAAACAUGAUUUAAUGGAUGAAGGCUUCAAUAGAUAUUCCUUCCGUGAUGUCGAAAACCUACCGGAUUGGUUCAUUGAAGAUGAGAAGCAACAUUCUAAGAUCAACCGACCUAUUACUAAGGAAGCUGCCAUGGCUAUCAAGGAGAAGAUGAAGGCUUUGAAUGCUCGUCCUAUCAAAAAGGUCGCUGAAGCUAAAGCAAGAAAGAAGAUGCGUGCUGUUGCUCGUCUUGAAAAGAUAAAGAAGAAGGCGGGUUUGAUCAAUGACGAUAACGAUAAAUCAGAAAGAGACAAGGCAGAAGAAAUUGCCAAAUUGAUGAGAAAAGUUACGAAGAAACAAAGAACGAAGCCAAGAGUUACUUUGGUCUAUGCCACGGGUAAAAACAAGGCCCUAUCAGGCAGACCUAAUGGUGUCAAGGGGAGGUAUAAGAUGGUUGAUGGCGUUAUGAAGAAUGAACAAAGAGCAUUAAGACGUAUCGCCAAAAAGCAUAAAAAGAAAUGA